CACACACACACACACUCACACACACUCUAACGCUGAGCUCCGGCUCUUUUCCUCAGUCUGAUGAAAUGUGAGUGAACCAUGACGCUGCCUCUGCUCAGUGUCAGUGUGUGUUUGUGUCAGUGUGUGUUUGUGCCAGUGUGUUUGUGUCUGUGUGUGUUUGUGUUGUGAUGAAGAUUGAAUCUUUCUAAUUCAGCCAUGGAGACUAAAACGAAGCGGACACAAGCGACGACAAACUGUUGACAAACGGCUCUGAGACCCGGCACAUAACGGACUUUAAUGGACGAUGUAAAAACUGGACCGAAGCGGGACUGAAGCUCCUGCCUCCAGCGGUAAGUCGCCCUCCUCCCCGGGUCCGAUGCCUCCGCGGGGCGACGGGAGCUUCAAGCCGGCACCGGUGUCCCCUGCUCCGCCCGUCCCGCCGAGGAGGGUCAGGAGCCGGGACAGGGGCUCCGGCAGGACGCGGCGCUCCGGGACAGAGGCAGGGGCAGGGUCGGCGGAGAGGCGGGUGAAGUGUGUGCUGGUGGGGGACGGAGCUGUGGGGAAGACCAGCCUGGUGGUCAGCUACACCACCAACGGAUACCCCACCGAGUAUGUGCCCACCGCCUUCGACAACUUCUCAGCGGUGGUGUCAGUGGAUGGGCAGCCAGUCAAACUACAACUGUGUGACACAGCUGGGCAGGAGGAGUUUGAUAAGCUGCGUCCUCUGUGUUACACCAGUGCAGAUGUGUUCCUGCUGUGCUUCAGUGUUGUCAGUCCCGCCUCUUUCCAAAACGUUCCAGACAAGUGGGUCCCAGAGAUUCGCAGACACGCCCCGUUCGCUCCACUCGUUCUGGUUGGGACACAGUGUGACCUCCGAGAAGAUGUCAAGGUUCUCAUCGACCUGGCGAGGUAUCGGGAGCGGCCCAUCGAGCCAGCGGACGCCUGGGACUGUGCCAUGGAGAUCGGAGCGGUGGCCUACAUGGAGUGCUCCUCUUUGACCCAAAAAAACCUUAAAGAAGUGUUUGACACAGCCAUACUGGCCAGUCUGCAGAACUACAGCUCCCAGAAGCUCCCGAGAGGGAAACAAAAACGACAGAAAAAGCAAAGGCAGACGCCGGACAAGAUGAAGAGUCUGUCCAAGUCAUGGUGGAAAAGGUACUGUUGUGUGGCCUAGAGCAGACCUGUGAUCAGAUUUGGGUCUCGCUGACUCUGACCCUCCUUUGACUUUAUCCUGGUCUGGAUUCUGCUGAGUUGGGGUUCUACCCGGAUUCAGUCUGGGUUUCUCUGUAAUGGAGCCUGAUGUUGAGCAGGAUCUCGACUGGAGUGUGGCUGAGAACCAAAGUAAGACUGUCAUGCAUUUCAAAUAUUCUAGUUUUUCUUUGGAGAUUUUAGUAUUAUCAUGGAUGAGAUUUACUACUGAGCCCAACCUGGUUCUAUUAGAGCCCAGAAAACCAAGCAGUGCUCCUGUGUCCCUGAAUGAACCAGGGGGUUUUGUGCUGUAAUAAUUUGGUUUCAGCCUCAGUUUCUGAGGAGAAGCUGCUCCUCGCUCUCCUGAAAUUUAACUGGAAUGAAACAGGAGUUGUUAUCUGUGAUAAUGUUGUUUAGACAGUUUCAGAUUUGAGCAGGAGCAGAGACUUUUAUUUUCUGGUCGGGGUUUAACACAUGAAUUAGAAUUAGUGGUAAAAACCUUCUCAAACUUGAAUGGGUGUGUAAUUGUUGUGUAGGUGGAAGGGACCUGCACUGUCUUCAGACUACAACUGUAAUUGUUGGUGACUUUAACAAAACUACAUUCACACUUAUCUUUAAAAUAGUUUCUAACUCCACAGUGGAGCAGACCUAAUCGUUUCAUCACUGAACAUGAUUUAUGUUAGAACUUAGUCAACAAGUAUAGCCCAUGGUUAAUUUUAGAGCUUUUUUAUCACUGGGCUGAUUGUUUUCUAAUGAAAGAACAUAUUUUAUUCAGCAGCUUAUAAUUUUAUCCUGGUCACAUGUGGUGCAGCCAGCAAACCUAAUCUGGAACCUGCACCAUGGGUAAUAUCUGACUCUGUUUUUGGAUUUAAUUAACGUCCCUCCAGAGUGAAGCCAGACUAAGUUUGGUCAAUGAAAAACUUUCUACCCUCUUAAGAAUAAAUAUAAUUUCUUUCGCCUGGUUCAAAAUCAACCCCUACAUAUCUUAACUCAAGCAAAAUAACUGGAGAGGGAAACCAACACACAUAUCUUAGUAGUAGCAAAGGAUGCUGAACAAUGUCCAGACUGUCUGAAUAUAUGAUGAAAACACAAGCACCACUGUAAAGGUUUUAUCUUAUAGACACAAUCCAGGAGUCAGGGACCUACUGCAGGGCUCCUCUGGUAGCUGAGCCAGUUUAUCAUCCUCAUCGGUCUGACCUUGGCACUGAAAGAUUGUACAGUCUGAAAAAAUUGACUGGUACAAAUUUGGUUUUGUUAAACAUAAAUCUUUGUUGGUCCUCUCAGCCUGAAACUUGCAUCAGCAGACAACGGAAACUAAAAAUGGGUUUCAGGUAUUUGUUCUGCUUUGGUGCAUGUUUGACUUAUCUUGCAAGAUGCUUGCGAAGCCUUAAGCAUGAGCAUUUAAUACUAAUUCAACCAAGUGCUCUCUGCAUGUGUUUGAAUUUACAAAAUGGACUCAGCUGUUUGAUUGUGUCGGCCUGUAGCAAGAAAAGAGCUAAAUGAAAUAAACACCGUUGUUUUUCUUUUCGUAGGCCUUCAAUGCAAUUGUGUGUAAGACUGUGAAAUUUCUACCAUGUACAUUUUCAGUGAAAUAUUUUCUAAGUAGCUAUCAACUACAGUUUGAUUUGUCUUGUCUGUUGCUCUGCAUUUGCUCCAUUUACUCUAAAUCUGAUCCUCUGCAUUCAUUACCGUGGCAGCCAUAGGUCAUUUUCACCACUCUGAGUCCAUGCUGCUUUCACGCUACAGAGACACCCAUUGUCCACCACGUGUCUGCUGUAUGCAGCUCUGCAGCCUGUUCGCUCUCAAACAGAUUCACUUUAAUAUGUUGUUAAAGCAGAAAUAAAAAGGCCAACUAAAACACUAAAUGUGUAGUAACACUCAGCUGCCACACCUUCCUUUGUACACUACCACAAGAGCAGAUCCCCAGCAUUUAAAACUAUCUCUCCACAGUGCCUCCAUGUGAAUGGCUCUUUGUAUCUUAGAGUCACUGCAGCAGCAGGAAUGAAAGAGGUUUAAGUCAGACUGAAGCAGAUCUGCUGUGGUUCAGCAGUGUAAUCACUGUGGAGCCCCUAGCCCCGAAAUAUUAUUUGUAUCAUGUGUGCACAACAUAAUGAACCUGCAUGUGCACACAGAGAAAAAACAUAUUGCCUUUUAGGACUUUAAGGACUCUGUAUUCUUCAUAUUGAUCAGUUCACGCUUACAUUUCUUAACUCCUUUAAACCUGUCUGACUAGUAAGACAAAGUUUCUGAGACUGCUGUAAUGUAAAAGUCCAAGAGCAACUUUGGUCUACACCGAGCAAUAUUUCAUGUGACAAUAUUCUAGUAAUUUUGUUAUUAGUAAGUUUCUGACUAUAUCUCUUUAAAAGUCAACAAUAACCCUUAGCCGGGGGGGGGGAUUUGAGUAAAUCCAGGGCUAAAGGUGACUCAUAUCUCAUGUUUCUAUGGUGAAAAAUAUGUUAGCCCAGAGCUAAAGGACCUGUUAUACCUGAGCUACCAGUAAUCUUAUCUCGGGUGAGAGGAGUGUGAGCAGUUUUAACCUUAAAGCUAAACUUGCGCCAUCUUUCAAAGUGGUUCAAAGUUAGUUUCUCUACUGGUAUGAAGUGGAGUGAGCUGUCGUGUGCCUUGAAAUCAUUAUAAUAAUGAUUUUGAACGCAACUCUACUAUGGAGAGUUGCGUUCAAAAUCAUCAGUUUCAGUGAGGUUUCGUACACCCAAACUGGAUUUUUGUCACCCUCUACCAAGGCUCAAACAACUAAAGCUGUAUGUUGGCACCAAAAUACGGUUUCGAAAAGAUUAUCCCCCAAAGACGUCCUCAUGUAACCCAAACUGAUCUUGUACCAGCAUUGACAGUGUAGCCCUUCAAGACAAAUCUGAGAAACCGAUCAGUUCGAAACGUUAUCCUUGUGUUGCGUUCAGGUGUUCUCUCUGACACUGGGACUCCUGAUUUUUGGACCGUGCUUCAUUGGAGCUCUGUGGUUGUUUUCUGUCGAGGAUGCUACCGCUGCGACUGAAUGGGCUCACUGUGCCCAUGUUUGACUUCAUGAUAGCAAAUGUAUUGUUUCUUACUGGGGGGAGAAGCAUAAUAAGUUGCUUGUCUCUGUUUGUCUGCAGUCUUGGUUGAUGGUGGAUUUAAUUUGGCCAAAGGUCACGCAGAUCUUUAUGAUCGCCCGUAUUUCCUCUGUCAGGUUUUAUCAGUCUUUUUCACAGUUUUUUUUCUUAUCACAUUGGGUUUUGUUUGCAUGCAGCACGUGAUCCAGUCCUGCAUUCACACUGAGAACAUUAUAAAACUGGGUCAAUUAAUUCCUGUUUAAAUUCAUCAAAACAGCAUGAAUGACUUCUUGGUAUGUUGCUAUUUAAUUAAUCAACAAUAGCUUGCAUGUGUCUGACAAGGAUUUCAGACUGAAUGUGUCUUUGUUUAGGUUCUUCUCUCUUUAUCCAGUCUACAACACCUAAACACAGAAAUUAGCUUUAUCUAUUAUCUUGUAAAACGACUCAUCUUCUCUGAACUACACACUGGCCUUGACUGACAUUUUUGGAGUAAUGUUAUGUGGUGAGUAGUUUAACAGUAACGCAAAUAGAUGAGAUCCAUAGAUACAGCAAACUGACUCAGUAAUGGUUCUAACUAAAGUAAACAAAAGCGACUAAGGCCCCAGCAGCGAAACCCCUGACUGUGUUGAAUUGAACAGUGAUGCAUUUUUCUGCUUAUAGAUUCAUUAUUUUCAUGUGUAGGACUGAGGUUGUGUUAUUUCUUCUUUAAAACCAGAAUUGUCUGAUUGAUGCUCAGCAGGUUGUGUCCUGUAUGACGGAUGUAUGGCCCUGGAAUGUAGAACAGACAGGUCUCUGAAAGUGAACUAUCCUGUGUUAUAUGGAGAGAUGAGGGUGACUGAGAAAUGUGGAGACAGAGUAUUGUGCUGCAAAGCUGGUGUUUUGCUGAAAGUAAGAUAGAAAUGUAAUUGUGUGUUUGGGACAAUGUCGGUUGCUCUGAUUGCCAUUAAGAAAGGUGUACUGUAUAUAUAAUGACGAUUGCUGGCUUCAGUUUGUGUGAUUUAUUAGUGUUGGGGUAGGAUUUCAAUCUGCACAAAAGUACAAAUUACAAGUUUACUGAUAAUUAAAUCAAUGAUCACAUUGUGAUGAAAGUUGGUGCAGGUUUGCCUAUGUGCUACUUACAGUAGUGCUGAAAUCCUCUCAGUGUGAAUACUUGAAAUACGGUUUCAUUUUUAUUUGCUUCAGUGUUUAUAAAUGUGAGGGUGCAAAUUAAUGGCACUUACAACUUUUGGAAUAUUUCCAAUAGACCCCCUCCACCAGCAGCCUUGACAUGGCAGCCGGGGCUACAAUGUAAUCUUAUGGGGCAACUGCGACAUUCCAUGAAAUGUAGGUUCACAGCACUCAUAACAACACCACCAGUUUCCAGAGAAAGCGGUGCAGCAUCUCGUGGACCCUCCUAUGCUUAUUGCCUCUCUCUCUCUCUCUCUCUCUCUCUCUCUCUCUCUCUCUCUUCUCAUUUACUGUUCAUUUUGAAGAAGCUCUUCGUCCGUAUACUCCGGCUCAAAGGGAAUCAUCAACAACAACUCCUCUCUCCAACUCUCUCUCACACUCACUCACUCACUCAAUUUUCCACCUCCGUCACGAGACUUGAGUGAGACUUCUCGUUCAGCAAGACAUUUCACGUUUGGUGAAAAUUCGGUGGACUGUCGCAGUUGCCCCAUACGAUUGUAUUGUAACCACUGCUUCUGUGUCACAGCUUGUUAUUGUGAAGAUCUACUAGACCAAUUCCAAACAUUUUGUAAGUACAAUUUAUUUACACGCCUACUUAGGGCCCUGGUUGAAAAAUACUAUAAUUCCCUGAGAAGACAGCUCCUCCAGAUGUUCAUGAUAAAAUUGAGAGGUUUUCUGUUUGUGAAUGUCGUUUCUUUACGUUAAGCAAAUCUGUUAUCGCUCUUUAUUUAAUAUGGCAAUUACACCAAAUAUAAAGCCAGAUUAGAAAGCAUUUAUUGACAUUGUAUUGUACAAAACACAACAAAAUUAAGAGUGCUGUUCCUGGUUAGUGGAUUAACAUCACUAAAUACCCACACCUCUUUAUUGUUGAUUGCACAUGAACAUAUAGCCCAGAGUUUAAUCAAGAAGAGACAACCUGGGGAAAUGAACAAAAUUGUUCGUUCUUGAGAUUUAAUUAUUUUCUCACUGAGGUUGAUAGCCCCAGAAACACAGCUGAGCUCACUCACAUGGAACACCAGCUGAGAACUUCUCUUAGCAAACCAACGCUAUCGUUCUGUAUAAACCACGGCUGAGUUUUCUUUUUUCCAGCGAAUGAAAACAUGGUAACAGAUAAUACGCUGCUGCGAUCUGUUCACAUCGAAUUCUCUGUUGAACUGAGGAUGUCAGACAAAGGAAGAUGUGUUUGUACAAACGUUUUAUACCCUGAGAAAUAAAGAAUAUCUGAUUUAA